CUGCAUUGUAGUGUUGAAAGUUUGUAUGUCUUACCCUACUCUCAGUUUGACUGGAUGUGAUAAGCGCUUUAACAGUAUAAGGUAAAUUUCGGAAACGUGGGAUAGGAAUAGUUAGAAAAACUACAGAGCGCUGUCUUAUCUCUGGCGAAUUUGGUCACACGCUGAUGGCGGCCACAGUAGAGGAGCUCUACCGUAACUACGGGAUCCUUGCAGACGCCAAAGAUAACUUGAGCCAGCACAAAGAUGCAUAUCAGGUGAUUCUAGAUGGAGUCAAGGGUGGACCAAAAGAAAAACGACUGGCGGCACAGUUCAUUCCCAAAUUCUUCACCAGUUUUCCCGAGCUGGCCGAUGCAGCCAUUAACGCACAGCUUGAUCUGUGUGAAGAUGAGGAUGUCUCGAUUCGGAGACAAGCUAUCAAAGAACUCCCACGAUUUGCUGCCGGAGAAAAUUUACCCAGAGUGGCAGACAUCCUCACACAGUUACUGCAGACAGACGAUUCUGCAGAAUUUAACCAAGUCAACUCUGCAUUGAUCUCCAUUUUCAAAAUAGAUGCAAAAGGGACUCUUGGAGGCCUAUUCAGUCAGAUCCUACAGGGAGAAGACCUUGUUCGGGAGAGGGCCAUCAAGUUCCUGUGCAACAAGCUGAAGACGAUGCCAGAGGACACAAUGACUAAAGAGGUGGAGGACUACAUCUUCACGGAGACAAAGAAAGUCCUGGAGGACGUGACAGGGGAAGAGUUUGUGUCUCUGAUGCGUAUCCUUUCGGGGUUGAAGACCAUGCAGACAGUUAGCGGCAGACAGCAGCUGGUGGAGCUGGUGGUGGAGCAGGCUUUCCUCGAGCAGCCGCUGAACCCUGCGGAUGCAGACAGCGUGGACAGACUGCUGCAGUGCACACGUCAGGCCUUACCACUCUUCUCUAAAAACGUCCACUCCACUCGAUUCGUGACAUAUUUCUGUGAGCACGUCCUGCCUAACCUCAGCAUGUUGACCAGUCCUGUGGCAGAACUGGACAUUCAACUGGAGGUGCUGAAGCUCUUAGCAGAAAUGAGUCCAUUCUGUGGGGACAUGGACAAACUGGAGGCCAAUCUCACAAUGCUGUUUGAGAAACUUUUGGAGUUCAUGCCAUUGCCACCAGAGGAGGGUGAGAAUGGAGAGAACGCUGGGAACGAGGAGCCCAAACUACAGUUCAGUUACGUAGAGUGUCUGCUCUUCAGCUUCCACCAACUGGGAAAGAAGUUACCAGACUUCCUCAUCGACAAGGUCAACGCAGAGAGACUAAAAGACUUCAAGAUCAGGCUGCAGUACUUUGCAAGAGGUUUGCAGGUCUACAUUCGCCAGCUCCGCGUGGCCUUGCAGGGGAAGACUGGUGAUGCACUUAAGACAGAAGAGAACAAAAUUAAAGUUGUGGCUUUGAAGAUCACCAACAACAUCAACGUUCUAAUCAAGGAUCUCUUCCACAACCCACCAUCCUACAAAAGCACAGUCACUCUCUCCUGGAAGCCCGUGCAGAAGCCUGAGGCUACAGCAGCAGUAGUGGGUCAGAAGCGGGUGUCUGGGGAGGACGCAGGGGCAGGUGCGGUGAUGAAGAAACUCUCCCCCCUGCCGAGGAGGGACGCACGUCAGAUCUACAACCCCCCCAGUGGGAAAUACAGUGGUACCAUUGGAAACUUCUCCUACGAGCAGCGGGGUGGAUUCAGAGGUGGGCGUGGCCGAGGCUGGGGCAGUAGAGGGAACCGGAGCCGGGGCCGGAUCUACUGAAGGACUGUGUGUUAAAACCUAUCAUAACCUAUGCUCUCAAUGAGCUGCAGUUCAACACCACCACCUCCUCCACGCGCCCUCACCAUUCUGUACCCUUCUCUCAUGCUUCCGCCCCACCCGAAUUCUGCUCCACUCUGCUCCAGACUACAGAACGAAGUGCUUCAUUUUCAUACAUUUGUCAUAGAUUUCCCAGGAGUGAUGGGUUUUUUAUGGGUUUUUUUU